UCGCCAUCCCACGGGGCAGCGCUUCAUGUGUGGAAAUUACCCAGCGGUCCCUGCUCCUGGCAGCACUGCCCGGCACUACUGGGGAGGUUGAGCAGGAAUCCCGGGUUGCAUCUGUGUAUGGAUCUCUCCUGAAUCUCUGCUGCACUGGGAGUUAGCAGGCAAUCCCCAUUUGAUGUCAUGGCCAUGUGCCAUGUGCCAGGCAGGCCUGCGUGAGGACAGCAGGACGAUCUGGGAGCGUUGCGAGUCAGAGUGCAGACUAUAUCUCACCAGAGGGGCUCAGUUAAAUUCAAGACACCACUCGACAGUCAGAAGAGGCAUGGCUGAUGUGACCCUCCCUGCAAGUUCCCUGUUCUCUGCCUGGCGCUAACCCUCAAUCCAUCACCCUGAGGAAUGUGGUUUAUGAGCCAUGGGGAGGUAUUUAAAGGGAGAACGUAAAGGCUCUGUCGCUGCCUGAACGCUGGUGGGAUAAAAAGGGACAGGCUGGACUCCUGGUGCAGCCCGGAGAGGGCGGAGGCAGGCAGCCAUGACAGUCUCCUACACACUGAAGGUGGCCAAUGCCCAGUUCGGAGGCUUCUCCAAGCUGCUGUUCAGGUGGAAGGGGAGCAUCUACAAACUGCUCUACAAGGAGUUCCUUGUCUUUGUCAUGCUGUACACAAUGCUGAGCAUCACCUACCGGCGGCUGCUGACUGAAGAGCAGAAGCGUGUCUAUGUGAAAGUGGCUCAAUACUGCAACCGCUCCACGGACCUCAUCCCCAUGUCCUUUGUCCUGGGUUUUUAUGUCACGCUGAUCGUGAACCGGUGGUGGGCCCAGUACACCAGCAUCCCACUGCCUGACCAACUGAUGUGCGUCAUCUCCAGCACCGUCCAUGGUAAGGAUGAAAAGGGGAGGAUCCUGCGGCGCUCACUCAUCCGUUACGCCAACUUGUCCUCCGUGCUCAUCCUGCGCUCUGUCAGCACCAGGGUGCUCAAGAGGUUUCCAACCAUGGACCAUUUGGUAGAUGCAGGCUUCAUGACACAGGAAGAGCGCAAGAAGUUUGAGAGCCUCCACUCGGACUUUAACAAGUACUGGAUCCCCUGCGUGUGGUUUACCAACCUGGCUGCCCAGGCGAGGCGAGAUGGGCGGGUCAGGGAUGACGUGGCCCUCCGCUUACUCAUAGAUGAACUGAAUCUGUACCGUGCCAAAUGCAGCAUGCUGUUCCAUUACGACUGGAUCAGCAUCCCACUGGUGUACACACAGGUAGUCACCAUCGCUGUCUAUUCCUUCUUCGCCUUCUGUGUGAUUGGGCGGCAGUUUCUGGAGCCCCUGGACCCAGAGCAGGAUCAGGACCGGGAUCUGGAUCUGUACGUCCCUCUGACCACCCUCCUGCAGUUCUUCUUCUAUGCCGGCUGGCUGAAGGUAGCAGAACAGAUCAUUAACCCAUUUGGAGAGGACGACGAUGACUUUGAAACUAACAAGCUGAUCGACAGGAACUUGCAGGUGUCACUGCUCUCCGUGGAUGACAUGUACCAGAACCUGCCUCUAACAGGGAAAGACAAAUACUGGAAUGAAUCCACAGCUCAGCCGCCUUACACCAUCGCCACGGCUGCAGAGACCUUGAAGCCCUCCUUCCUGGGCUCCACCUUUGAUAUGCGGAUGAGUGACGACCCAGAGCAGAGCCAGCCAGUGGAGGCCUCACCCAGCCUGCCCCGCAUGCACACGCCCUUGCUCAACCGCUUCCUGACCACAGCCGCCUCCCCCGCUGUCAGCCUGAAGAAUUUUGGGAGGAGCAACCGGGCCCACCACCUUUUGCGCCUGAGGGGCGAGGGCGGCUUCCCCUCUCCCAACCCCCGCCACAGCGAGGACCCCGAAUCAGUGGGCCGCAUCGAGGAAGAAGAGACGGAAGAUGAGGCCAGCGAGCCCCCCACACCUGGCACCCGCCUCAAGGUACCCAGCCAGCUGGAAGCCUCACAGGGGCCGCAGAGGGAGAACCCCCAGAUCCAAGUGAGGCAGCCCUCUGACGAGAGCAUCAACAUUGACCAGUCAGCUGCCUAG